GCCAGACAACGUGCACCCAUCCUCUGUUUAUAAAGCUGCAGCAGGUUCUACUCCCAGCAGUGUACUAGUGUCAGACCCGUACACCUCUGUUAUCACCUACACCACCAUGAACCACCUAAGCGUAACUCUAAUCUACGGACUUGUCCUCCUUGCUCAACUCUGCGACCUGGCUCAGGGCGGGAAUAAGCAUGUAAGACAGAGAAGCAGAGGAACUUGUGAUGGCGUCUGUAAAGAAUAUACUUGCGGGACGCCUAACAGAGACGGGAGAGUAGUAGGCGGGACGCCGACCUCUGUGGGCCAGUACCCGUGGCUGGCGGCUCUCUAUUAUCGCAGUAAACUGUACUGUGGCGCCACGCUUGUCACCGACCGUCACCUCGUUACAGCAGCCCACUGUGUCCAGAGAGUAAGAUCAGGGUACGUGAGAAUCAUGCUGGGCAGCUACAACAAGAGCAACACAGACGAGGAGUGGAGGCAGGAGCGCAAGAUAGGAAAAUCUUUUCCACACCCUGACUUCGAGCGUCGCUCAUACAACAACGACAUCGCCGUUAUUGAGCUGGACAUACCUGUCACCAUCACCAAAUAUGUCAGGCCCGUGUGUCUGCCCACCACUACAAACAAGACCUAUGAAGGUAUUUUAGCCACCGUUCCGGGAUGGGGUCGGCAGUCAGAGAGCGGAGACCCCAGCGAGGUGGUGCGGGAGGUUAAGGUGCCCAUCAUGACAAACGAAGAGUGCAAGAAGAAGAAAUACAAGCCUCACGAGAUUACCGAUAACAUGAUGUGUGCUGGAUACGACGAGGGAAAGAUCGAUGCCUGCCAGGGCGACAGCGGCGGACCUCUCCUCUAUAAUAACGGCAAAAACAUAGAUCUUAUUGGUGUUGUGUCUUGGGGCCAGGGAUGUGCUCGUGCCAAGUUCCCGGGUGUCUACGCUCGUAUCUCAAACUACAUCGACUUCAUCACCUCAAAACUAAAGGACGAUGGCUGCUUCUGCCCUGAACCAUAAGUGCUUACAGUUUUCCAAUAGUGCAACUUCGGGAGCUUUGCCUAUGUUUUCAUUAUAUGAAAACGGUACUAUUUUUUCAGCUUGUAUUGACACUGCUCAUAACGUUGUUAUAUUUAUUAUCAGCACCGAACAACAUGAGCUAUUACAAACACGGAAAUAUCGGAGCCCUUUCAACAAAGUACGCGUCAUCUAAACACUUAAGGUAUACGACAAGCUUUUUGCACAAUGAUCUUUAUUUUUAUGCUUCAUCUCUAUAAAUGUAAGUCCUACCUCAUUUGGUUUGUCACGCCCAAGACCAGCACUAGAUGGGUGAUCAAGCUGACAGUCCUGCCCUAGGCCUGUAAGGAGGGGAUGAACUUCGACACAUCUAACAUGCUGUCUAUACCCUGACAACUAUCCCAUAGCUUAUACAAGCAAGUGAUGUAACAACUUCUGCAGCUAUGAACAUAUAAUAAUACCUUUACAUAGUUUUCCAUUUUCAUUAUUUAAAUACUGUACAUUGAUUUUAUUGUGAACCUAUUGUAAGUCUAUUUUAACCUAAGGUUAUAUUUAUUUUGAUGUCAAAUGACAGAUAACGCUAAUAUUAUAUUACAUCAAGCACUAUAAAUUGCUCUACGCAAUGUUUCCUUCUCACAACAUGGUCCCCGUGCAAUGUAAUCCAUAUGAUCACAGUACCUCUAGAGUAUAUUGUAAACUUUCAUUACCUUACUAAAUACACAAACAUGUAUGUAACUUCCCAACCACAAAUUAUGUAAUACACAGACAUCAACAAUUCUGUGCGAGUGUAUUAUAUAUUUAUUAUAUAUUGAAUAUGUAUAUAUAUUAUAUAUACAGGGUGUCCCAAAAGUCUGGCCCCAUAGGCAAAUAAAGGAAUACCACUUGGAUUAUUUUAAUAUAGUUUAUGAAUUAUCACUUAGUUUAUACAAAAACUCUAGUGAUUUUCUUUUAUACUUAUGACCAAAAUAAGUAUAUUUUGGCCUAUGGGAACCAAAAUUUUGGGACACCCUGGUAUAUUUAUAUACCUGUAUACACACACGGCCGAGAGGAUAGCAUUCGGAGAUCAUUAUCCUAAAGCCCCGGGUUUGAUUCCAAGCCGAGGCAGAGGCAAUAUUUAUAGUUAAAAAUCACGAAUAGUUCACAAAAACGAGAUAAAUGUGAGAAGGAAAGAAUUAAGGGGUCCGUUAUAGAAACAAGCCCUUACCAACAAGAAAUGUUAAAUUUUUACCCAAUUUUCAGCCGUUAAAAGCCAUCACCUGGAACAUACGCGGGGCAAAUUGUAAGAUUUACACAAUCACGCUAGGCUAUGUCAAAUUUUCGCUAGGCUGUCAAAUUUUAUCCUUUAACAAUAAGUUUUUUUUAGUUUAGUUCAAAUACAACAAAUUGCAAUCCACAACGGCUGCCAGAGAAGAGGGACACACAUAACAACAGGCGUUAAAUCUAAUAUUGUCUAAUAAUAUAUAACAAAUUAACAAGAUUAUAUAAGAUCUGAAAGGAAAUAUUUUGAGUUUAAGAUUCAAUGACACCUGACAUUGUCUACAGUACAAAUGCCUAUUAUACACUUGGCUCCUACCUCUCUCCUUGAAGUGUUAUCAAGUCUCUUGUCAUUUCUGCCAAGUGGUGCAAAAUCCUUGUGCAGCCAGGAAUCCGCCAUAGUCCAGAAAUGUGACCUCACAGGUUGAAGAAUGAAAUAACCAUGUGGGGGUAAAGGCGAGUCUUGCUCUAGGGUUGGUCAUUGGCGUCUUCUGUCGACGGUAAUGUGGCCUGGCAAAAGACACCCAUGCUGGUCUCCGUGUCGACGUGAAGACACCCACGCGGCCACGCCGUCUACCACCUCGCCGCGUCGCUCACACGUAAACAGAGACGAAGAAAACGGCGAGUCAGAAGUCUUCAACAAGGCAGUUGAAGACUUCGGCGGGAAUGCUAACGCCAAGUGUAAUCCAAUUUGCGAUUUAAUAUAUUAAAAAUAUUUAAUAAAUUAUGCAAAUUUCGUCCUCUCUUACAACUUAUCUAAUACUGGGGGAAUUGUAUACAAUUUCUGCACGUCACGUUUUUUUUAUAGAUGAUAAUGGUGCAGCGAGAUGUGGAGUGCACAGAGAUCGUGCUUGCUGUUAACAUUGGGAUUGAUUCUUUUCAUAUAGAUAUACAGUAUUAUAUUGUGUAAUUACCAGUGUUCUGAUAAAAGUACAAAUAUAUAGUUUUAGAAAACAGCACAUAUAUAUAUAUUUUAUU